AUGGUUUUCCAUCCUCCGUCAUGGGUUCCGCAGCUGCCGUUUGACCCGCCUGACUCAGUGUCCAUUUACGAUUUUCUAUUUGAUGAGAACUACGGCCGCCAUCCCCUGGGCUAUUCGCAUGCGCCAUUCACUUGCGGCAUUACCGGAAAGGAGUACUCAGCAUUGGACGUGAAGGACCGCGUUGAAGCUCUUGCGCGAGGUCUCUCAAAAGAGCUGGGCUGGAAGCCGAACCAGGGUACUGAGUGGGACAAGGUCAUUGGUGUCUUCAGUGUUAACACGAUUGACACCCUUACCCUCGCAUGGGCCACGCACCGUCUCGGUGGCAUUCAGACGCCCGCAAACGCCGCUUACUCAGCACCUGAGAUCGAGUACCAGCUGAAGGAUUCUGGCGCAAAAUGCCUAUUCACCUGCCUGCCCCUGCUCCCUACAGCCCUCGAGGCUUGCUCUAAAGCCGGUAUUCCGAAGAACCGCAUCUAUAUCCUGGACGUGCCUAAGGAAAUCACCGGCGGAAAGUCUGCUCCCAGCGAAUAUAAGACCGUGGACCAGUUGAUCAAGGAGGGCGAGAACUUGCCAAGAUUAGAGAAUCUGGACUGGUCCGAUGGCGAGGGCGCUCGUCGCACCGCGUUUCUCUGUUACUCCAGUGGUACUUCAGGAUUGCCCAAGGGUGUCAUGAUCUCGCACAGGAACGUUAUUGCCAACACGCUUCAGAUCAAGACCUUUGAUAAGAGUUGCCGAGACAAGAAGAUCCCUCCGGGAACCCAGAGUGAUUACACUGAGACUGCGCUGGGCCUGCUUCCCAUGAGCCACAUCUACUGCCUCGUUGUCAUCUGCCAUGCCAGCGUGUACCGCGGUGACCGUGUCGUUGUUCUCCCCAAAUUCGAGUUCAAGCCGUACCUGGAGGCCAUUCAGCGCUUUAAGGUCAACUGCCUGUACCUCGUCCCGCCGAUCAUCAUCAUGAUGACGAAGCAGAAGCAGAUCUGCGACCAGUACGACCUUAGCAGCAUCGACGCCGUCUUCACAGGCGCAGCACCACUCGGCGAAGAGACAGCGCAAGAGCUCAGCCAACUGUGGCCGAAGUGGGUCAUCCGCCAGGGCUACGGCCUUACCGAGACCAGCACCGUCGUGUGCUCCACCAUCGACCACGAUGUCUGGUUCGGCUCCUCCGGCUCCAUCCUCCCCGGCAUCGAGUGCAAGAUCGUCACGCUCGAGGGCAACGAGAUCACCGGGUACGACCAGCCAGGCGAGCUCCUCGUCAAGUCUCCUGCUGUGACGCUCGGCUACCACAACAAGCCGGACGCCACCAAGGAAACGUUUCAAGAUGGGUGGAUGCGCACGGGUGACGAGGCUGUCGUCAGGAAGUCGCCGCAGGGCUACGAGCACAUCUUCAUCGUCGACCGCAUCAAGGAGCUCAUCAAGGUCAAGGGUCUCCAGGUCGCGCCGGCUGAGCUAGAGGCACACUUGCUCAGCCAUCCGUAUGUCAACGAUUGCGCCGUCAUUCCGGUUCCAGAUGAGAGGGCUGGCGAAGUCCCCAAGGCGUUCAUUGUGAAGUCGCCUAAGGUCGGCCUGGAGGAGAGCGACCGCGCGGUGGCCAGGGCGAUUGAGAAGCACGUUGAGGAGCACAAGUCUCGCCACAAGUGGUUGAAGGGUGGUAUCGAGUUUAUCGACGUUAUUCCGAAGAGCCCCAGCGGAAAGAUUCUCAGGAGAUUGUUGAGGGACAAGGAGAAGGAGAAGAGAAGGGCUGCAGGCGCUAAGUUGUAG